CAGCACAGCGAGGAUUCUUCUCCCCCAAACGCCAAAAGCUUCAAACUGCAGUCCUCCGCCCACCACCACCAGACAGCAGCAGUCCGCCGCCCAGUCGCCGCCGCCGCCGCUAGCUCGCUCCGGCACUCGCCGCCGUCCGGCCUCACCCCGCCGUCGCGUUGGCCUCGACGGCCGCCUCCUCGCUCAGGAUGGCGAGGGAGCUCGCCGGCGCUCUGUGCCGCACCCCGGCGAGGGCUCCCGCAUCCGGGGUCGGGAGCGACGAGAACGCGCGGCCUGCCGGAGCUUCGGUUCCCGCCCCGGCGGAGCCCGUCGCGGCCUCCCGGUCCCCCCUCCGCGCUAUCCAGCCGCCGGGGCAGCCCCGGCGGCCGGUGCCGACGCCCAAGAAGGGUCCGGGGGUCAGGGAAGCGGGCAAGACACCGGCGCGGGUCGGCGCGGCGACCACUCCCCUUCGCCCGACCAAGAUCCCGGGGAAGCCGGAGCAGGUGCAGAGGUUGGGGUUCUCGACGACGGCGGCCAGUUCUGCGCAGGCCCAACGUUCCAAGCUCCGAGACUCCAUCUUGCUCCGGGAGGAGAAUCGCAAUGUGCAGAAUGUUUCGUCAACAUUGCAGCAAGAUGACUCUCAUGCACCUGCAAAAGAACAAGACAACUCAGAAGAUACAUUGAGCCUGCAGCUGGAGUUGGCCAUAAUGAAAACAAUUCUUCUGGAGGAGGUAAAAGCCCGAGCGGAAGCUGACGUAAGGGCAACUGCUUUAGGAGAUGAGCUGAAAGCAGUGAAUCAAUGUACCCUUGAAGCUUGCAGGCAGAAGGAAGCCACAGAAAAGGAACUGAAAUACACAACAUCUGUUUUAGAGGCCCUUGAAUCGGAGCACGUUAUUUUGAUUAAGGAAGUAGAGGAGCUGAAGAAGAACAAUCUGGAGCAGGUUAGUUUGAUAGAGGAACUAGAGGAGCUGAAGAAGAACAAUUUCCAAAGCCCAGUAUUUCGUAAGAAGAGGGAUGUGGAAACUCCGAUGUUAAACACGGAGCUUGAGCAAGAAAUGGAUGAAAUCCAUAGGCAGGCUAUGUGUGAAACGUCUGAGGUGAUUAUAUCCUUACAAAAUCAGUUGUCACUGCAACAUGAGCUAGAUGCCUGUAGCAAAAAAGAGUUGUUGGCCGCCAAACAAAGUCUUGUUUUGUUGGAUCAAUCCAUCGAAAUUCUUGUGCAGAAGGAGGUUCUUGAACAAUACUUUGUUUCAUUACUGAGGGGGAUGGAAGAAGAGACUCGUCAGCUGGAGUCCAAACUAGACCAGUCAAAUAGAUUCUAUGAAGGUAGAAUUAAAGAACUGGAGAUAAAGAUGCAAGAAAUGGAUUAUCAGGCUGGAGCAUUACUUAUUUCAUGGAAUAAAGAAAAAGAGAUAUCAGAGGAAAGGAAGACAUAUGCCGAAGAGAAAAAUAAAGUAAUCAAGCUAUUGGAGAUGUCUAAUGAGGAUGGCCAGAUUACUGUGUGUUCAUUGGAAGAAAAGGUGAAAUUACUCGAGGAAGAAGCAGAACAACUCAGAAGGCAACAGGAAAAACUAGAAAUGGAGCUGCAGAAUGCCAGGCAACAAUUGCUACUUGUGCCAUCCUCUAGGGAAGCAAAGAGCUCCCUGGAAGACAGAAUGGUUGAUUCACCUGACCCAACCAGGCACCCGAGUAAUAUAAACAAUGGGGUCCUGCGUUCUCAGGAGAGUAGAAUAGGUCGAAAGGAGCCUUUUGAAUCAGAGGUAAUGAUGGCAUUCUUUGAAGAGCAAAUGCAAGGAAGCUAUGCAAGCUCAUUAGGUGAUAUAUUCAAAGAAGCUGCAGAAGAUUCUCUUCCUACCUCACAUUCUCUUCCACACAUUACAAGCCAAAUAAAGCCGAAUCCAAAUGCAGUUGAGGAGGCAGUCGAGCUAGACACUGUAGCUGUUGAGUCAACUCCUCUGGUGGAACACCGAGACGAGCCUGGUGAGCCUUCUUCAGAUGAGUGCAUGCAGGAGUCCGACCCGUCAGGUCUAGAGAUGGCAAAGCCACAUUCAUUAGAAAGGGAUUUCUGGUCAGAGAACUCGGAGUUUGAUUCAGAAGAGCAAGUGCCGCCUCCAGCUGUGGAGUCAGUGAUUGAAGUUCUGAAGGAGAAUGAGUUGCCUCCAGUUUCUCUAGUGCGUCCCGAUGAUCCGGUGGACUACACUCAAGCCCCUUUUUUGCUGAAGAGGCUUAGAAGCAGGAACCACUACGAGGGGCAUAGGACAGCAACAGACAAGAGAUUCUGGUCCAUUGAGCAGCAGGACUUGUACAACUCCAUAUACAGUAAGGCCAAGUUGUUUCAUAUGCAGUGGAUAGACUGGGACUAUAUUGAUAGCAUAGAUGAGUUUUCUGGUGUCAGACAGAGAUGUGCCCAUGUGGGGCUUGAGCAGAUGAUGAGUUACCAUUGUGAUUGGGACAUCGAACUGAUUCGGCAGUUUUACUCCACAGUUUAUAUCAGCGAUGACAAUAGCUCUAUUACUUGGAUGGCAGAUGGCAGGAGGGUCACUACCAACAAAAGAGCAUGGGAGGAGACAUUUGGCAUUGCUGGCAGCAUUCACACUGCAAGAAUUCACUCAGAGUUUUUCUUUGAUGAUGAUGACAAGAGGAUCAUGUACACAGCUGCAGAAUGCACAGUAGGCCAAACCAGGGGUCUCUCUCCAUUGGCUAGCAUAGCCAAUAAGAUUAUUUGGAAAACCAUCUAUCCCAGGUCUGGAAGUAUCUGCGGACACAACUGGAACCUCCUACGUCAUAUUGUGGAGCAGCAUCCGACAUCAUUGCUUUGAUCUUCGAUGAGAUUGAGUUGCUUAUUUCAGAUCUCAGUCGCACUAACCUCUUGUAUGCACCAUACAUCAUGGGGAUGAUCAUGCGAGCUUUUGAAUAUGAUGGACCUAGAGAAACCAGGCACGAUAUCUACAAGCCCAGGCCCGACAAGCCAAAGAAGACAAAAAAAGUUAGUCGUCCACUGGCACCUGCAGUAGUUGCACCUUCUGAGCCACCACCUUCAGCAUGUCAGCCGGAGGUAGAGGCCAAUGUUGAGGCAGAUGACCACAGCCAGUUCGGGGAAGCCGGACACCGGCCCCAGGGAGAGGCAGUGCAGCAUACCAAUGCCUCCUUGUCUUCUCAGAUCCUAGCUCCACGCUCCUCCCUGACACCUUCCCUUGAGGCUACCACUCCCUCACCGCCUCCGGCCCCAGCUGCAUUUCCUGAGCAGGCCAGCAUGAUGCACGCCGGCCUCCGGUGCUUCAGCUCAGCCAGCUGUUUUGGGGCCAAGUCCUUUUAGUCACUUUAGUUGGUAUCAAAGAGAUAAGCGAUGGGUUUAUGUGCUGUCCUUGAUGUCUACCUUGCACUCGUAUUCUGGUUAUUUUGUCUAUAUAUAUCUUGGACUUGUUCACCAUGUAUAUUCUUCUAUCAAGAAAGACCUUGAGAAGAGCGUAUCGAGACUUGAGAAAUCAUUACUAUGAAGGCAUAUGUGUGCCCACUC